UUUUUUUUUCUUGAACAGUUCAAUUUCUAUAAUGAAUCAAGAGGGGAUAAUGAAUUACAAUAGAAGAAAUAUAACUGAAUUUUGAAUCUAAAAGACCUAAUUAAUGAUAAUUUUAUAUUUCUAUCGAUAAACCAAUUAUAAAACUAUCAACUAUAUUAUCAAAAAUCAAAUCUUUUCUUCAGAUAUUUUCUCCAAACACUAUAGAGUUUUGGAAUUAUUAUAGCAGCCACCAUGUAGUCAAUAUAAUUGCUUUCAUAGCCGAUUUCUUUUGCAUAGAAAAAUGAAAAUCAUCUAUCCAUUGAUAAGUGACAACACCAAAAUUCAAAUUUAGACGUUGUACUAUGUCCGCCUACUUGGAAGUUGCAUUCCAUAUUCCCGUUGCAAUAUCACAUUUUUUUUUUUUGAAAAAUGAUUAAAGUCUCAUCAUGAUUACUGCACUAUAGACACAUAAUAAAAGAGACAUGCACACUCCAACUCUUCAGAUUCGAUCUAGCAGGAAACCGAUCUAGCAUAACCCUCCACGUACCUAAAGAUAUUAACCUUGGGAAAAAUUAGUUCCAUCUAGUGGUGUCAUUCCCUAUCUCCACGAUGUACUCAUCAAUAAACUCAUGGAUAUCGUUCAUAGUGAACACCCCCAGUUACUCAAAGUCCCAACACCACUUAACACCUUAAUUACUAAUCUAAACGUAUCCUAAGAUAUCUUUUUAUUUCUGUAAUUGUAUCGAAAGCACGUUUCCACGAAUCUAUCUGUUCCAACUCCAUUUCUAAGAAUUGUUCCCAUACAAGUAUUUAAUUACACAGUCUGAAUCUUUUUCCAUGCAAAACAAUCUUUCUUAUCUAACUUUAAACAAUACACAUCAAUUGCAAUAUUUACUCCAAAAUCUUGUAUUUCUACUAUCUCCUACCUAUUUUCAAUGGUUAAAAAAGAGUAAUGCAUUUAUCAUUUAACUUUCGGCUAUAAUCUAAUAUACGCACCCAUACUCCACCACCAACCCUAAUAUAGGAUGACUCAAAUGAAAAUGAAUAAAAAGGACUAAGAAUGCAAGAAUCACUAAUAUCUAACAUUUUAUUUUAUUGGAAAAAACUCGAUUAUAUCAAAAUCAAUGUUUUUUAUUCUAUAUAAAAAAUUGUCAUAUUGAUACAAUUCUUAUUAAAGAAAAGUAGAUUUAUUUAUUUAUUAUUAUUAUUUUUUAAUUUUUUUAGCUCUUAUUAUAUGUUUUAUCCAUAUAUAUGAGUAAAACGCGCAUCAAAAUAUUAUGAAAAACUCAUUAUUUAUUCACAUGUGAAUAAACUAUGAAUAUACAUGGUUUAUUCAUAUGUGAAUAAAUAAGAGUUUUAACAUAAAUUUGAUUCACAUUUUAUUGACAUAUAAAUAAAACUAUGAUAAACCUAAUGUAAAAAAAAUGUAUUUAAAAAAAAGGCAUUUACUAAUAUGAGUUUUAUUUAAUAUAAAAUAAAAAAUUAUAAAUUUUGAUAUGUUAGUAAUUUUUUUUUUCCAAUAAACAUAACAUCUUAAAAUGGAUUGCCAAGAGGGAUGAAAAUAGAUCCGAACCCGAUUCGAUUGGACUCGGUCCCAGAAAAUCCAGAACCAAAAUUGAAGGAUUUGGAGACCCGGAAACCAGACUGACAUAGAGGAACCGAUUCCGGUUCAGUUCCGGAUAUUGGACCGGGUAAAGUGGGUAUUGAACCGGUUGAAAUCGGAAAAUGAUAAUUAGAACCGGUUCCAUAUACUAGACCCGGAUAGACCCGAAAACCUAGAAAUAUAAAUGCAAAAAAUACUCGUUUUGUGUUGCUUCAUGCUCUACUGCUUUCCUUUGGGUUUUAUGAAGAGAUUUUUUUGUCUACAAGCCAUCGGUAAUGGAGGGUAGAAAACAUCUAUUUUCUUUCUUUUUUUUGUUGCCUAUUGUUUGUAAUAAAAAGAAAAAUAGCUAUAGCUUGAUCCUGUGUUGUAAAAUUAAAAUGCCAAAAAAGCAUGCAAAGAAAAAUAAAUAAAACCCCAAUAUUUAGUUAUCUUUUUUACUUUAUAAUAUAUAAAGAUAAACAAACUAUUUGUCAAAUGAUAUUUGGAGGAUUUUGGCUGAGGUGACUCUCCGGAUGCAUGAAUUUAGAAAUAUAUGUUUAAUUAUACCAGUUUACAUGAUUGUAUCCAUUUGAGAUAUAAGACCCAACAGAGUGGGUGCGGUAAGACUGCAUUUUUGCUACGAUGUCAAAGAGGAACACCGCCCUCAUACUGCGAUUUCCAAUACAGUUUGAACGCAUAUGGUCGAAUUUGGCUGCAACUUUAUCUUACUUUCUCUUUUUUCAAAACGUUGAAUGGUCCAUUUUUUUUAAAUUCAGUUAUUUUUUAUUUUCUUGUACCUAUAAGUAAAUCCUUAUAACUCUUAAUUCACCACACUUUCAUCCAACUCUUCUAUCUUUUAAAUUCUUUUUUUGUCAAAACUUUCAACAUGUCUUCUUCCAACAACCCAAACAAUAAAAAAACACCAAUUAUAAACACCACAAUCCUAAGACCUUUGUAUGAUCAACCGAUUUAUCCGCCCCCGGUUUAUCACUAUGAUGACAUGCUACCGUAUUAUCCGCACCAAUUCUCACAACAAUUCCUAUAACAAUCCUCACAACAAUACUCACAACCACAACCACAACCACAAAAUGAACCUGAGUUUAAUCCGUUUGACUUUUUGUCUCAACCUGAAUUUGCUCAAGAGACUUAAACACCCACUUCUGAUUCUGAACCCGAAAUCGUUCGAGAAACGCAACCCACUAAAGCACCAACUAAAAGAACAGAGAAGACGGCAACCAAAAAAUGGGGACCUGAAGAAGUUAUGGCAUUGGCACAAACAUGGAUCGAUAUUUCUAAACACGUGAAAACAGGAAAAGACAAAAAACAUGACCAUUUUUGGAGGCGAGUUACAAAAAGGUUCCACAAAAGAAUGAACCUUCUAGAGUAUCGUUCAAAGGAUCAAGUGUAUUUAAAAUAGGGAAAGAUAAACAAGGAAGUCAUGUUGUUUAAUGAUUUGUAUAACAACAUCCAAAGUCAAUGGAAAAAUGAAGAAAAUGAUGAAGUGAUUUUGAAGAAAGCUUUAAACGUGUACCAAAAGGAAAAUAAGAAGGCUUUCAAGUCUAUUGACUUUUGGAAUCUUGUGAAAGAUAACCAAAAGUGGGAAAAGGGCAAAACAUCCAAAGAGCAUAUCGAUAGUGGUUCAAAACGCUCAAGAACAUCUGAAUCUGACUACACUACAUUUGAUGCUCGUGUUGGUAUCGACCUCAACAAUGAUGAACCCGUUUAAGUUACACCACCUUCCCAACCAAUGGGAAGGGAGAAAACAAAACACAAAGACAAAGGCAAAACGGUAGAUUCAGAUGAUUUGAAAGAAAUGGGGGACGAUGUGAAGGGUAUAAAGGAAAGAAUGAACAAGAUUUUGCAAAUUGCAUUCGAAAGAGAGCGUAGGAAACAAAGAGACAGUGACAUGCAUGAAAAUUCUAACGCUAGACAAAACGAACAUGAGCCGAGAGGAGCUUGAAAUUGCUUUCGCAAUGAAAGUUGUCAUCAAAAAACGUUAAGCUAAGAAUGGAAAUAUUGCCCCACUCGACACACAUGACUUCGUUAUUUCAUACAUAUCCCUAUUUCCAUUCUCCCACCAAAAUCGCAAAAUCUCGACCAGCUUUCAAGGCAUUAGUUCUUGGAAACAAUGAAGAGGUGCAUGUAAUAAGAAUAACCCCAAAAAUACAUAACCAACAAGAAAUUCCUACCAUCGUGGAAUCCAAAAGAUCUUUGCAUGUUAUUCGGGCUCGAGUUGAUUCAAGAAAACCAUCAUCAGAGCUGUCGUUACUCCAAAGGAUAUUUAAAACAAUUAAUAGCCACAUCAUCAAAUUCCUCGAUAGUCCUCUUCAUCUAUCAGUCGACCCGAGUUACAUACUAUCAGACAAUUUUGCACCGGUUGAUGAGCUGAGCCCCACCAAAUGUGAGGUCAUACAUGGAUUCAUUCCUCCUUGCCUCGAUGGUGCCUACAUUCGUAACGGACCUAACCCACAGUUCAUCUCCGGUGGUCCACAUCACUACCUUGACGGGGAUGGGAUGAUGCACUGCAUUAGGAUCUCCCAUGGUCAACCCAGUUUCUGCAGCCGAUACGUGAAGACCAACAAGUAUAUCUUUGAGCACCAAGCUAGAUCCAAUCUGGUCCCAAAUGUUAUUGGAGGUAUGGAAAGUCUCGCCCCCUUUGUUGCUCGUGUUGCAUUGUUUCUUGCACGAGUUGUUUCUGGAGAUUAUGAUCUUAGCAAAGGCUUUGGUGUAGCAAAUACCAGUUUAGCCUUUUUUGGGGGUAACUUGUAUGCGUUAUGUGAGUCCGAUCUACCCUAUGCAAUCAAAGUUGAAGAAGAUGGCGAUAUAACAACCUUAGGUCGCCAUGAUUUUAAUGGUAAGCUUUCCAUGAACAUGACGGCUCACCCAAAGACUGAUCCAGAGACUAAAGAGACUUUCGCAUUUCGUUAUUGGGCAACACGUCCAUAUCUGACUUACUUUCGCAUUGAUACAUUCGGAAAUAAGCAACCUGAAGUCCCCAUCUUUUCCAUGAAACACCCAUCUUUAACUCAUGACUUGGCUAUCACCCAAAAGUAUGCAGUCAUCUUUGAUAUUCAACUUGGAGCAGAUCCUAUGAACUUGAUACGUGGACGUCGGCUACUAAGUGUAGACCCAAAAAAGGUUUCAAGAAUUGGUAUUCUUCAGCGAUAUGCAAAGGAUGAAUCCGACAUGAUGUGGUUUGAGGUGCCAGGAUUGAAUAUAUUUCAUGUAGUAAACGCAUGGGAUGAGAGGGAUAAAGAUGGCCAAGAUGUGGUGGUGUUGGUGGCACCAAAUAUGUUGUCGAUGGAACAUUUCUUUGAACGAAUGGAUCUGAUCCGAGCAUCCAUGGAGAAAGUAACGAUUAACUUGGGUACAGGGGUUGUUUCAAGACACACUAUGGCGACUGAUAACUUGGAGUGUCCUGUAAUCAAUCCAGCCUAUAUUGCAAAAAGAAAUAAGUAUGUCUAUGCAGCAAUUUUCGAGAAAACACCAAUAAGUUCGAGGAUGAUUAGGACAAUAGGGGUGGCAAAGCUUGACAUUUUCGCAUCAGAAAACAACAGUGAUCAACAUAAGCACACUGUGGCAAGUCGGAUAUAUGGAAAUAACUGCUUCGGAGGUGAACCAUUUUUCAUUGCAAGAGACUCGGAGAAUCCCAACUCAGAAGAGGAUGAUGGGUAUGUGGUGUCUUAUGUGCAUGAUGAAAACUCGGGUGAGUCAAGGUUCUUGGUAAUGGAUGCCCGGUCACCCACUCUAGAGGUUGUAGCGGCAGUGAAACUACCUCGACAAGUGCCGUACGGCUUACAUGGGAUAUUCAUUAAAGAAAAGGAUCUCAUCAAUGAAACGUAACAACUUGACUUUAUAUGUUAUGGUAUGUGGUUGGAUCAAUAGUUUUCAUAUAGAUCUUAGGAGAAGUCCUAACAUUCCAAAAUGCAACCAAUAAAACAGCAACUUGUGCUCGUUUUACUUAUGUUGUUAUAGAGUACUAUAUAUUGUAGGGGAAAAUUAAUUAUAUUCAAGAAGAAAAUCUUAUUGAACUCCCUCUGUAAUAUGAAAUAUAAUUAUGCAGUCACUAACUAAUCAAG